GGGCAAUCCUCUAAGAUGUUUAUUUGGACCAGUGGCCGGACCUCCACAUCUUACAGACAUGACGAGAAAAGAAAUAUUUACCAAAAAAUCAGGGAUCACGAUCUACUGGACAAAAGGAAAACAGUCACAGCUCUGAAAGCAGGAGAAGAUCGGGCCAUACUCCUAGGACUGACUAUGAUGGUGUGCUCCAUUAUGAUGUACUUCCUCCUGGGAAUUACGCUGCUGCGGUCAUACAUGCAGAGUGUUUGGACAGAAGAGGCUCAGUGCACACUCCUCAAUGCAUCGAUCACAGAAGCAUUUAACUGCUCAUUUAGCUGUGGUCCAGACUGCUGGAAAAUCUCUCAGUACCCCUGUCUACAGGUGUACGUUAACUUAACUUCUUCUGGGCAAAAGCUCCUACUUUACCACACUGAAGAGACGAUGAAAAUUAAUUCUGAGUGUUCCUAUAUCCCCAAGUGUGGCAAGAACUACGAAGAGUCCAUGUCACUUGUGAGUGUUGUAAUGGAAAAUUUCAGGAAGUACCAGCGCUUCUCAUGCUUUUACGACCCAGAAGGCUUUCAGAAGAAUGUGAUAUUAACCAAACUUUACAGUUCCAACGUGCUGUUCCACUCACUUUUCUGGCCAACAUGCAUGAUGAUUGGUGGGGUUGCCAUCGUUGCCAUGGUAAAGCUGACUCAGUACCUCUCCCUCCUCUGUGAGAGAAUCCAAAGGAUCAACAGAUAAAAGCAAAAACUUCUCUGAGAUGUAUUUCAGCUAAAAUACUGUUUUUUCAUUCUUCACCAAAGAACCUUAAGUUUGUAACGUGCAAGUCUGUUAUAAGUUCCUUACUAUAUUCUUAUAAGUAGAGCAAUAAUGCAAAAGCUGUUCUAUAUGCAAACAUGAUGUUAUUAUUAUGCAGACAACAGGAAAAAAUUACUGUUUGUGUUGGUUGUCUAAUCUGAUCUCAUUUUAUGCUGGAACUAGUACUUCUUUCUUUUCUACAGCCAAAAUAGGGCUCGGUGUGACCAUUUGCCAAGCUUUGUCAAUGAACACAUCAACAUUUCAGUGUAACAUUCUGGGAGAAAUUCACCCCUGUGCAGAGGGCUAGCAAAAGGCCUGGGCAUCAUUUAUGUCCCAUUUAAUCCUCAGGGCAUGCAACGGGUGGCUUUGGAGGGAAUGAGGGGAACAAAAGUAUAGAACCAGUGUCUUUUUAUGGUAAGAGGGUACAGAAUGGAUGCAUAUACGAUUGACAGCUUAAGUGGGACUUGCAUGUUGCUUGUGCUGGCUCUCCCUGCAAAGGGGAAAAUUUCAUCCUUUGGUGUUUUAGGUCUUUUGUAAAACACCUUGGAGAUGGAUAUUUGCAAUAUGUUUUCCUCACAUCACAUCAUCUACAGAAGCUACAGCCAAAAACAAAGAAAAUUCAACCAAUUUCAUUUUCUAUUCCAAGCUGAGCCCUAUUGCUGGAGAUGGGACCAGACACCUUAUGUAAAGGUUUAUUACGCAUUUGUCUUGUAUUUGCUACCAUAUCACUGUAAAGAAAAACAAAAACACAAUCA